UGCUCCAGCCUGGACAUUCCAGAGGACAGGGAGGAGUUAAAAUGGCCUUCUUCAACUUAUAUCUAUUGGGAUAUCAAAAUUCCUUUUGGAACAAGAAAAGGGACACAACUAAAGAAACAAACCAGAAGGAACCAGUGCCCACUAGGCUUCCCCCUAUUAUCUCAGAAGAUGGGAAUUAUUCUGUGCACCAGAAUAGCCAGACAAGGUAUCAUGAAGCUGUAAAGAAGGUGUUGUUAAAGACAUUCCCCAAUCAGGUCUUCAGAGUCCCCUUGACUGAUGCUCAGAACUUCAGCUUCUGGCGGUCCCAUGAUCCAGGAGUACGCCCAGAGGAAACCAUGCCAUGGAUCCAGAGCCCCCACCACUGCCUCAUUAAAAGCCCAAUGACCAGGUUUAUGGAUCACUCUAUUCUGAGUGACAGAAACUUCAGUCUGUAUUGAGCAGGAUGUGUUUGCAAGAUGGACUAUGGAAGCAGGCAAAAAAGGAGAAAACGGGAGAAGGUGUCCUGGUUCCACUGAGGGACUAAUGGGAGAGGAUCUCAAGAGUAAACAGAUUGGAUUAGAAGUCA